GAAAAGAAACAGACUGAGAACGGGACGAGGGAUGAAAACACACAAAACAUAAAUAAGGCUUAAUCACAAGACAGAGAAAACACUGGUUUAGAGGGGGGCACAGUCAGGCGAAGGACUGUGUGCAAAAGAGGAGAGUAAAAUAAAGGAAGGAAGGCAGGCAGGAAGGGAGAGGAGGAGUGUGCAGUUGGUUUGAGGGAGAACAGAAAAGGGAGAGCGUGAGUGGUGCGAGGGAACCGCGGAGAGGGAGAGGGGAAGUGAGAGAGCGCGAGCGAGCGUGAGAGCGAGGGAGAGAGUGGGAGCGAGUGAGAGAGAGAGAGAGAGAGCAAGCUUGAAGCCGCUGGUCCAUUGAAGAAAGAUGGCUACAGUCACAGCAAACGGAGUGCAGCAAGAGAAUGGAUUCAGCACUACGACCAGCGCCGGCAGAAUGAACGGGCUUACAAUCGGACAGAACACCAUUCCCAUGAAGGACCACGACGCCAUCAAGCUCUUCAUUGGCCAGAUCCCCAGAAACCUUGAGGAGAAAGACCUGAAACCGCUGUUUGAGGAAUUCGGCAAGAUAUACGAACUCACCGUACUGAAAGACAGAUUUACAGGAAUGCAUAAAGGAUGUGCCUUUCUAACCUACUGCGCCCGAGAGUCCGCGUUGAAGGCCCAGAGUGCUCUGCAUGAACAGAAGACGCUGCCAGGGAUGAACCGACCAAUACAGGUGAAGCCAGCCGACAGCGAAGGACGAGGAGAAGACAGGAAGCUGUUUGUUGGGAUGCUGGGGAAGCAGCAGAGUGAGGAGGACGUGCGGCGGCUCUUCGAGACCUUCGGCCAGAUCGAGGAGUGCACUGUCCUCCGGGGGCCCGACGGGGCCAGUAAGGGCUGUGCUUUUGUGAAGUUCUCCAGCCAUGCCGAGGCCCAGGCAGCUAUCAACAGUCUACAUGGCGGCCAGACCAUGCCAGUCCUCCAGGGGGCGUCCUCUAGCCUGGUGGUCAAGUUCGCUGACACGGAUAAGGAGCGGACCCUGCGCCGGAUGCACCAGAUGGCAGGCCAGCUCGGGAUCUUCAGCCCCAUGACCAUCCAGUUUGGAGCCUACGGUGCUUACACUCACGCUGUAAGUCCCAGCUCUCAGAUGAUCCAGCAGCAGGCGGCCCUCAUGGCGGCGUCCCAGGGUUCCUACCUGAGCCCCAUGGCGGCCAUCGCCGCUGCGCAGAUGCAGCAAAUGGCAGCUUUUAAUGUCAACGGCCUGGUGGCAACCCCCAUGACUCCCUCCUCAGGUGGGUGUGUGUGCACCAGCACCCCCCCGGGCAUCGGUGGCACUGCCGUGCCCAGCCUCGCAGCGCCUAUCGGGGUGAACGGCUUCAGUGCCCUCCCGCCCCAGAGCAACGGUCAGCCUGCGUCCGAGCCCAUCUACACCAACGGCAUUCACCCCUACCCAGCACAGAGUCCUACAGUGACAGACCCGCUCCAGCAGGCUUACGCCGGUGUACAGCACUACGCAGCAGCCUAUCCAACCGCCUAUGCGCCGAUCAGCCAAGCGUUUCCCCAGCAGCCAGCCAUCAUUCCCCAGCAACAGAGAGAAGGACCUGAAGGCUGCAACCUGUUCAUCUACCACCUGCCCCAGGAGUUUGGCGACGCCGAGCUCAUGCAGAUGUUCCUGCCCUUUGGGAACGUCAUCUCCGCCAAGGUCUUUGUCGACCGGGCGACCAAUCAGAGCAAGUGUUUUGGCUUUGUCAGCUUUGAUAACCCAUCCAGUGCUCAGGCUGCCAUCCAGGCCAUGAAUGGCUUCCAGAUUGGCAUGAAGAGGCUGAAAGUGCAACUCAAGCGGCCAAAGGAUGCCAACCGACCUUACUGACCCUCACGCCACAUCCACUUACUAGGAUGAAGGGCCACAACUCCUUAUUUCCACAAGUGCAGUAUAAGUACAAGACUUUUCGCUCUGCUACAUAUCACAAGAGAAGGGUGGUCCCUUGACUCUACGGGGAAGAUUUUAAAAAACGGGCGGCUGAGACAGAGAGGAGGAAGGAACAUGGAGAUUCUUUUCUUGGCAGUUUUUUUUUCCUUUUCAUUUUUUAAACCCCCUCAGUUUGCUUUGGCAUCUGUGAAAGAGGAUGUUUUGCAGAGACCAAAUUUUUGCUGCUGUUUUUAGAAAGGAGGAGAAUCUUUAUAGACACAUUAUGCUCAAAGCAUGCAUUCUGACAGAUAUAGAGUCGCGCGCAGACACAUACACAACACACACACACACACACACACACACACACACACAGACACACACACACACACACACACACACAAUCAGACUCACUGAUUCCCACUUACAGACAGACAAAUAUAGACAUGACCACAAUAUGCACAGUAUUUUGAAAACCUGCACAUAUAUGAACAUGUGUGUGUGCCAGUGUACAAAUAAACAUAAACAGCACAUAUAAUAUCCAGAUUGCACACAUACACACACACACAAACACACACACACACACACACACACACACACACACCAGCCUGCUGCCAUUUUGGUUUUUUGUGCCUACACAGGUGUCGUGCUCUGAGCCAGAGCUCGCUCUGGAUCGCCAGUACAGAGAAGAGGAGAAUCCAGGAUAAUUAACAUGCAUCAUUCCUUAGGAUAUAGGGACCAAAGGACUAAAAAAAAAAAACGCUUUUUAAAAAGAAUAUAAAUAUAUGACUAUAAAUAUAUAUAAAUAUAUAUAUAUUUAAAAAACACUCUUACCUUGUAGCUGCAAGUAUUCCAAUUUAGUAGUAGUCAAGAGAAAAUCCUUAAUUCAGUAACCAGUAGCCUAAUUAAGGUAAAAAAAAGAGGAAAAGUAUGUAUUUAAGACAAACAUGAAGUGGAGCUGGGAUAUGUUGCUCUGGUAGCUGUUUUUUGCACCAGGUGGUAGAUUAGGGGAAACAAUGUAGAUUAGAAAUGUAGAUUUGCUAAUUUUGCUGUAGUUUUUUUUUCUUUUCAUUUCUGUUUUCUAAAGUUAAAAAUAUAAUAAUACUUGAACUUGUACAGAAAACGGAAAAAGGACAAAACGAAACAAACCUGUUGAAGUUAAGAAGAUUAGCAGUUUUCGUCCUGCGGACAGCUGCAGUCCUCUGCUGUUCAGCCACUGGAUAGACAACUUGACAAAAUACACAUGCCAGAACACAGACAGACAGUCUAUAAAGGAACUGUUUGGAAAAGAGGACAAAAAAGACAAAAAAACAAAAAAAAACAACGAAAGACCAUCUAGAUGUCUGUACUGGACAGGGUGCAGGGCUUCCCACAAGCCUCUGAGUUCAAGCGACAAUCCACUGUAAAGACCAAGCGAAAUGGACAUGGUGACUUUUCUUUUGCUUCUGUCCUUUGUUUUUUCCUCCUUAAGCUGUUUUGUACUAUGACAAGGAGAGAGUUGUCAAGAAACUGAUCCAAGAAGGGGCACUGGAUUUCCUAAAACAGAGCACAUGGAUGAGAAGAAGGUGGGAUGAACUGUUAAAACUGCCUGAUGAAUGGACUCAUCACCAUCCUCCUCAUCAUCAACUUAUCCAUAUGCUGAGUGAAAAACAAAAAUAAUACUAUAAAACAAAACAAUAAAAAUAACGUAUGACAUAUAAAAGGCACACUUACCUACACAAAGAUGUUUGGAGCCGCUGAUACCAUUGCAAAACCCAUAUGCUCUAGAGGUACUUGUCAUAUAAAAAUACCCAGAGCCUUUCUACCGAACUGACCCAUAUGUACCAUACAACACACAUUUGGUUUGUGGUGGAAAAACAGAGACAAAGCUUUUGAGAACUCAUUUUAGCUUACUAGAGUGAACUGAUGUAAAUGCCACUUUUAAACCUGCUCUCUCUCUCGACUUCCUUCUUGAGGAGAAACUCUUCUGUUGUCUCGACAUGAUGCAGCCUGAGCGUUUGCCAUGUUCAGUGUGACGGGGAUAGACCAGAAGCACUUCACCUGCCUACUCUACUGUACCCUGUCCUCCAAGCACCAUCACUACAUUCCAAGCUGAACUUUGCUGUCACCCUUAAAGUGUGACUUCAUAUGAAGUUCAUUUGACCCUGUCCAAACCCUCGUCUCCCCAUGUUUAAGCUUUUUUUUUUUUUUUUUUUUUUUUGCCAACAAUGAUGGAUGUCAGCCUGCCAGGCACUAAAUCAGUAUUUUUGUCCUUCUGUAUGUUGUUUAUUCUGCUAAAGAUUCAAGAUUUUGAAAGAAAAGAAAAAAAAAACAGUCUCUCUCUGUUCCAAAGGUUUGCUUCUCAGUUUGUGUACAGUCACGCUCAAGAACUAGUCCCCCUACCCCUGAAGCCUCCUGAGAUCCACAGAGAAAAGAUUAAAAGUUAGAACAGUGAGUGUGUGUGAGAGUAUGCAUCUGUGUGUGAGAGAGAGAUAGAGAGAAUGAGAGAGAGAGAGAGAGAGAGAGCUUUGGAUGAGCUGGAGAGGAGGCAGAGGUAACAAGGAUGUCAACAACCAAACCUCACCUCUCCUCUGCCCUAUGAUCAACCAGCAUGCCAGCAUAUAUAGUGUGGCCUUCAUCCUUUACUAUUGCUGAGGAACUCUCCUCUCCCUCUCAUUCCUGAUCGCCACCCCAAGGGACCAAAUCUGUGCCAUCCCAACAAUCCGUAGCCUUUACUUUUGCCCAGAGGCCAGCGACUGCAUCUGCGAGGAAAAAAAACGUGAUUGCAAGAGGACCUAAAACCAACAAACGAACCAGUGUUUCAGAAAGAUGCCUGCAGCCUGUGUCUACAUUUGUGUGUGUGUUUACCUAGGAGACGACGCAUUCCAAAUCACAACGUCUCAAACAGGGAAAACACACCAAGCUUUACCGCACUGACCCCCAACCCCCCCCCCACCUGGAGCGCACAGGCAACGCCAUCGUUGUAUCCUAUCACGGAUCUCUAGAAAUGCAGAUCAGCAAGUUAGCCAACACAGCUCAGCACUUUGUUUCUCCCUUUCUUUCUGCAGUUUUGUUUCCCCUCUCUGUGUUGUUUGCUGUAACGGUUUUGGUUCGUUUGAAAUGCUCCCCUGUAAUCACAUUCUUUUCCCUGCGCCAUGUUUCCAUGUCAUUGACUGAAGUGAUGUACCUAGAGCGUAUAAGUAAUUACAUGCUGUAAUUAGUUAUCAAUCUAUAUGUGCCUGCCUGCCUAAGUGUGUGUGAACCUCUGGAACAGUGUUUCAAUCUGGAGACCUCAUUCCAUAGCUCUCGCUUGCAGUCCCUGCCACGGCAUUAGUCACGGUUGUUCAACUACCCCCACCACUCCCCAAGUGCGUCAGCAAACACGCACCUCUAUACAUUAACACCAGCCGAGCGAGUAGAUGAGUAGAUCAUCUGCAUAAUCACACAGACCGAAUUACCAUUGAGAUCUCAGUCCCUGAAUAGUCUCCCCAAUGACGAGUGCGAGAUUAGGGAGAAUUAUACUCCAAACAGGUCCGACGCCAGCAACCGCAGUGGCAGUGCGAGAGUGAGUACCACAUUGCAGGUCACAGUAAAGGGAUUUAGACUGAAGAGUGAAGAGUGAACCGAAGCUCAUCAAUAUCACACCACAUCGCUAAUAACCUCUCUUUUUUCUUUACUUUAGUGGGAUAGGGCGUGAAAUGCAUUGACGUUGUUCAUGUGUUUGGGGUUCAGAGACAUUUGGAGAGAGCUGAGGGAUUGAGGGGUCUGAGUCUGAAACAUUGUGCCAGAGCGAAGGGGAAAAGAACCUAGCGCUGACAAUUUAGGGGCAAGUCUGGGCACAAACCAUUGGAAAUCCACUGAAUAUCCUGCAGUUGUGCAGCACAGCUGCAAUAUGGCCUUUUUCUAUUAUGUCCCAGCUUUCAGCACGUAAUUGUCUGUCUCAUCCAGCUCCACAAAGCUUUCCAUUUCUGCAGACACCUGUGUGUAUUAUGUUCUCUUUCCAGGACUGUAUUACUGCUGGGACACCUAUGAAGCACAGAGUAUUGUUCAGCACUGACCGAGAUAUGGUGAAGCACAGAUGAUGUUUUUUCAUUCCUUCUUUUUUUGUUUGUUUUGUUUUCUUUAUUUUCCUGUUUUCUUUUUCAGUACUGAAAGUGACUUACUUUGAAAACAACGUCCCAGUGUAAUGGUCUUCUGUGACCUCUAAUUGCCUUCUGAAACCUUAGUGAAAAUAACUAGCACUUAACUAGCCUUUGCCCAUUAGACCUACUGUACAGAACUACACAAGGUAUCAGUGACGUAGGACGCUAAACAAAUGCUUCUUUUUAAGUUUACAGGACUGCUUGCUUUCUGUCUCGCCAUAUUAUGUUAGUGUUACGUGAUUAAAAAUAAUUGAAUCAAUAGGGUAUCAAAUCUAAUGUCCCCAGCAUCAGAAGUCUUAAGUCUCAGAAGCUUUUUAUCCCAACAGCCAUCAGAUACUAAAGCAGUUAUUGGCCUUCACAGAUCCUUGGUACAACAUGCUGCGCAUUUGCGACUGCUGCCAUCUGUACGUUAGUGUUGUAUUCUGCUUCAAGUUUUGUUUAGGCUUGGUUGUUGAUUGGCCACUGGAGGAAAUCCCCUAUGUACAGUACAAGGAACACCUGUUCUGUGUAUAUAUCUGAAAAACCUGUUAGCUUAGCUUUCAGUGUGGCCACUCUUUCUGAGGACCGCUUCAGCUAGCGCUCAUCCAAGGAAUCCUUGAAAGAGAUCAUGUGCUCCACUCCUUCUAAAUCAGACUUGGAGUUAAGGGCUGAUGGCACCACCACUGUAGGUGUUCCUAGUCUGAUCUGUCUCUGUGUUUCAUAGUGAGGAGGAGAGGACCAUGCACAGUAGGCUGAAGUAGGAGACAUCACAUCAUAAAUGUCACAGACACACACACACACACAUAGAGACACAGUCCGAUAACUGCACACAAACACAUAUUGAAUCAGAGAUCUGUUCCACAAGGCCAGUCUUAUUACUCCAGCUCCCAAGAGAGGAGGCUGGUGUAGCAUCCAGUGAAAACAGAAUGGCACUAAACAAACACUCAAAAAUGAAGGACUAAGUGUGUGUGUGUGUGUGUUGGGGGAUAGAAAAGCUGUUAGAAUUUAGUUUGUUUAUUCACCACUGUUUACUUUUGUUCUUAUUUUAACCACUGAAACUGCCUGUGAAGCUAAUAGAUGCUACACCCUCCAGGUCUGAACCCUGUGGACAGGCAGUGGCGCACCAUUACUCAAACACUGCUGACCAAUAGAAUCUAAGCUACAGAGGUGGCCUUGCUUUGCUCAGGACUUACAGUGCAGGCUUGUAGAA